AUGAGAAGAAUUGCUCUCUUUUCCCCUAACUUUUCAACAGCUUCUGCUUUUAUUAAUCCAUUUGUUUUCCUUCUUUAUCAACAUCGUCUUCUCUAUUCUUCCUGCCAACUCUCUUUCACUCCUCUUUUUUUCUUUCUUUCUUACUUUCUUUCUUUCUUUCUUUCUUUCUUCUACUUCAUCAUCAGCAUCAGCUUUUCUUACCAUGAUCAUCUCUCUUUUUCUUUUCUUUGUUGUUUUCAGUUUUUUCUCUUCCUUUCCCUUUCACUAAGUUCUUAUUCUCUCUCUUCCUCUACUCCUUGUUUCUUACUUCUCUCUAUUACUAUCUAUCUAUUUUCUCCACUUGCUACAUCUACUCUUUCUUUAACUCUUGUUUUACCAUUAAAUCAUUGUAUUUCUCUUUUUACCACUUACUAUUUUUUCUUGUACAACCAUUUUGAGACAAGUGAAGAGGCUUGA